AUGGACCAGUCCAUCAUUCGUAUCUCCAAGGAACUUGGAGAUAUCCAGAAGAAUUGCGACCUUUCAAUCGCCGUGGCAUGUCGUGAUGUCGAUGUUCGCAAUGUGAAAGCCUUGGUCAUGGGCCCCCACGAGACUCCAUAUGAAUUCGGAUUUUUCGAGUUUGCGAUCCGGUUUCACAAAGAGUAUCCCUCCAAAUCACCAACUGUCGUCUGUGCCACCACAAACGGUGGACGUUGCCGCUUCAAUCCAAACGUCUACAGCAACGGCAAAGUCUGCCUGUCCAUCCUGGGAACAUGGCGGGGUGAGCGUGGAGAGGAGUGGUCAUCCGCGCAAGGACUGGAGUCGAUCUUAUUGUCCAUCCAAAGUCUCCUCUCCUCCAACCCGUACGAGAACGAACCAGGGUUCGAGGAUGCCAACGAAGAGUCCGAUAAGAAUGCCCAAAAGGACUACGUCCAAAAGAUUCGACAUGAGACGCUGCGUAUCAGUGUCAUCCAACGGCUCGAGGGGUACCUUGGACUCAGCUCUAAUGGAGCUCAGCAACAAAGCAACCCUAGAGUAGAGGUGGAGGAUGAAGAUGUCGAUGAAACCACUGUGCCAUUCGAACCAUUCAAAGAUCUGUGCAAAAGUCGAUUCCUGUGGUACUUUGAGUCAUACCGGGCAGCCAUCGAGAAGGGAAAGUCGGAAACGAGACCUAACCAGGUGUUUGCGAGGAUGCCCUUUGAGUCUCCUGGCAACAAUUCUAUGGAUGGAAAAUUCAACUACCCAGACCUUGAACGCCGUCUGCACGUUAUCAAGGCCGCCAUCGACGCCGAACCCUUAAAAUGGGCCGGAGAGGGUCUGGAUGCCAAAAAGCGGGAGACCACUGUUGCUGUGAACCUUCAGCACCAGUUUGAGCAGGUUGUUGAAGCGUUCAAAAAGAGCGAUAUGCCACACGACGUCUUUCUUGAGAACGAAAACCCUUUUGUCUGGGUAGUGACCUAUUUCGGACGCCCUAUGACCAACCUCGACGGAGGUCUGUUCAGGAUCAAGAUGAAUUUCAGCGUCCGGUUCCCCGAGGAGCAACCUCGUGUCAAAUUUGAGACCAAGAUCUUCCACCACCGCAUUGCUGAAGACGGCACAGCAUGUUAUACGCCCAACCCAGCCAAGAGGGAAGACGUGCGGUCACACAUUGAGGCUAUCUUUGCCAUUCUUGAAGACGACGAGCCCGCUUACGACCCUCGCAAGAUUGUCCGUCCUGAAGCUACCAAGAUGUACUGGGGCGGCGGCGCAGACGACAAGAAGAAAUACAACCGGCUCCUUCGGCGAUCAGUCCAGCAGAGCGUGGAGGAUUUUCCAGAAUAA